AUGUCCAAUAAUUAUUCGUAUCCUCCUCCGCCUCAGAACCAGUACUAUCAACCUCCUCCCGAUCCAAAUGGAGGCUAUGGUGCACCCACUCCACCGGCGGGCUAUGGCGGUUACGGUGCUCCUCCCCCUAACCAAGGCGGUUAUUAUCAGCCAACCGCUCCUCCACACACCGUGUAUGUCCAGCAACAGCCACAAAAACAAGACGACAGCUCGUGUUGUUGGGGAUGGUGA